AUGAGUUUCUAUUCUCGCCGGCCUUUUUGGAUGCGCCACACCCCCUACGCCGUGGCCUCGAGACCAAGCACCUCCGUUGAAGAGUUCCGCCACCUGUUGCAGUCUAGCACCAGAAUCCUCGCCCUUUGUGGCGCUGGCCUAUCAGCCCCUUCCGGCCUCUCCACAUAUCGUGGCGCCGGUGGGCUAUGGCGCAACCACUCACCGGCCUCGCUGGCAACCCCUGAAGCCUUUGAGGAUGACCCAGCCCUGGUGUGGUUGUUCUACGCCUGGCAAAAACACGUGGCGAUCAAAGCUUCCCCGAACGCUGGUCACUACGCACUCGCUGAGCUGGCCAAGCGGAAAGAGGGCUUCUUGUGCCUAACUCAAAAUAUCGAUGGGCUGUCGCCUCGCGCAGGUCAUCCGCUGGACCAAUUGAAACUACUGCACGGUAGUAUUCUGGACCUGAAGUGUUCUGACGAGUGCGGCUACUUUGAGAAGGAUAAUACAGAUGAUCCGCCAUGCGAGGCCCUAGCCGAGGCCGCAAAGAACUAUCCGCCGGAUCAGACGAUGCCACUCGUUGAUCCUCUGAAACCGCUACCCUCCAUCCGCGAGGAAGACCUGCCUCAUUGCCCGCAGUGCCAGACGGGACUGCUUCGGCCUGGGGUCGUCUGGUUUGGCGAGGCGGUGAAUGACAGCAUGCUGAGGGGUAUUGACGGCUGGAUAUCGGAGGGCAGUAUCGAUCUGAUGCUCGUCAUCGGCACCGGAGCCACGGUGCAGCCAGCUGCAAGUUAUGUGCGCCAAGCCCAACAGGCUGGUGCUGUUGUCGCGGUUAUCAACCCCGACGCCGGUACUCAGGCAGGGCUAGGCAGGAAGGACUUCUUCUUUCGGGGCGAUGCUGCUGAAUUCUUGCCUGUAUUGUUUGAGGGUGUGAUUGGGGAGCUGCGUGAAGGACAAGAUCUAAGCAUGGGAUGA